AUGAGUAGCGGUGGCACUACUACAGCUUCAUCGCAGGAGUCCCGACCAUUUGUACGGGCGGUCAGGAAGAUAAAAUGCGCUGCAAUGGUAGCCAGCUUGGCCAAGAGCUGGCAGGGAUGGGCCAAUGAACACAGUGAUAAGCAGGAAAACAUCCCGUCUGGCUGGAUGCCUUCAACCAUCGAAGAAGAAAGUCAGAAGGAACGCAAUCACGUGGUCAAACUUACUGUCACCCCACGCGUUAUCGCAGCGGAUGCCAACGAAAGUGGCGGGAUGAAGAUCCGGACAGGUUCCGUGAUGAAGACGGUCCAGCCUAAACGCAGCGAAUGCAGCAGCAGCGAUGUGGUCAGCGCCAUCAGAGGCAAAAUGGAGUCUGGGCCUGAGGAAACAAAGCCAUUUCUAGGCAACGAGUCACCAACGCGACGGCGCCAAAUGAGGGCUCUUCAGAGCGGCGGAGGAGGAGGAGGUGGAAUCAUCCAGGACAAGAAGUUGAUGCUUCAGGAGAAGAAGCCCGAGUCAAGGAGCAACAGUCUGGACACUGAGGACAGCGGGCUGGGAGAGGAAGCUGGACUUAGCGACAACAACGAAUCAAAAAGUGAGCUGAGUGACGGACAGCCAAAGGAACAAAUCAGCAGGCCUAAGAUCAAAAUCGCCACCAUGUCGGACCUCAAAAGCCGCUGGCAGCAGUGGUCGGACCUGCACGUAGAGGGCCAGAAGCUCAACCCCUUCAGCGAGGAGUUCGACUACGAGCACGCCAUGGCCCAGCGCCUGCGCAAGGGUGACGACGGCUACGGCCGACCCAAAGAGGGCUCCAAGACAGCCGCGAGGGGCGACCGGGCCCAAAAACACAUCCACCGGGAGAUGGAUGAGAUGGUGUGGAUUAUCAGAGACAUGGGCUUUAAGGACAAGGAGGGGAGGACCAUCAUCACCUUCGGCCGGCUCUUCGAUCGCUACGUGAAGAUCUCCGAUAAGGUGGUAGGAAUCCUGCUGCGCUGCCGCAAGCACAAGAUGCUGGACUUUGAAGGGGAGAUGCUGUGGAAGGGACAGGAUGAUGAUGUCAUCAUUACGCUGAGGGAUUAA